AUGAUAUUAGCUGCUUUCAGACAAAUUAGACAAAAUGAACAUAACAAGAAAUACAAAGUAGGUGAACAUAUAAUAACACAACCACAACAGCAACAAAAACAACCAGAAGCAAUAGCAGCAAGACAAUACUCAUAUAAACCUUGUGCACCAAGACUACCUGAAAAAAAAAUUGUAUGUUCAGAAAACGAAAUCAAAAUUCCCAAAGGUUAUAUUAAGGAAAGAGAAAGACUUUUAGAACAAUUAGAAUUUGCCCAAGAUCUUCAAUCCGAAAAUCACAAUACUAAAUCAGAGAUUACAAUUCUUCAAGAUAAAUUCAGUAAAGAAUCUUUCAACAUUGGCCAUGAUACUCUAGUUGGUGUAUCAAAAGUUUCACCGAGUUCUCGUACUGAUAGGGGGGAUCCAUCAGCAUAG